CGUGGGCUGUUCGUCCAUUGAGACUUGCGCUCCGACGCCCGACUUGCCUUGCUGAUCCCUCAGUCUCGGCCUUUUUUUUUCAAGUACACAGGUCUCUCCAACUGAAGGAUGCCUUUCAACUUCCUCGUUUUUUCUCUUGCUCCUACUAUCUGAAAAUUCCUCUCUCUUCUUAAAGCUUGAGACACUUGCUUCGUGUUUUCUUCCUCCAUCGAUUCCCUCGCUCGUCGAACACUUGAAAGCCGUAAACCAAACAAUUCCAUCUCACCCCUCGCGCGCGUCGCACUCGAGCCACUUCCCGACCCUUUCCAAACAACGGAUGCGCACCCGAUAAUGAAGACUUGUGGCUUGUUUCUCCCUCGUUAAAUCUGACGAGUCCCUCUCUUACUUUCGAUCGAUAUAUUCGUCACUUCCUUGCUAUUCAAACACCAUGAAGGAGUUCCCAAGGAAGUUUCUCAGCAAGCGCGAAAAGAAUGGCCGGCGAUCUAAGUCGGCCACACCAGCGCCAGUUGUCCCAACGGUUGUUGACAGCACUAGCAACAAAAACAAGCCUCGACCACUCUCCGCUGGGGCUUUCAUGGCCUUAUUCAAAAACGACAGCGCAAAACAAGGAGCAAAAGCAGAAGCAGAGAAGGAGAAGGAUACCGCACAAAUCGAGUACAUUUUACGCCGCCUAGACGAGCUCAACAUAACCAAUGUCACCGCCGAUCAUGUUACCGACAUCAUGGCAACCAAGUUUGCAGACCACGACCCCAAUAAGACAGUCGAGUUCAUCGAUAUGGAGCAAAAAGCUGCAGCGGGUAUCAUAACCCCAUAUGAUCCCAGCGUGGAUAUGGUGGGCGCCGAAAACCGUGGCAACGUGACUUGCUAUCUUGAUGCACUUCUGUUCUCAAUGUUUGCUAAAAUCGAUGCUUUCGAGUGUAUGCUCAAAAAUGAUUUCCCAGAGGAAGACAAUCGCAACAAACUUGUCAAUCUUUUGCGGAUGUGGGUUAACAUGUUGAGGACGGGGAAAUUAGUGCAUACGGAUAUGACCAAGUUGAUACAGGACGCUCUGGCUGACUGUGGAUGGUCGGAUGCACGGAUGCUUGAGCAGCAAGACACCUCGGAGGCUUUUGCUUUCAUAACAGAAACCUUACAGCUACCUCUACUUUCACUGCAAGUCGAUCUCUUCCACCAAGGCAAAAAGGACAAGGAUGACCACAAGGUUGUUUAUGAGCGUCUUCUGAAUCUGGCUGUACCUCCAGAUCCUGAGGAGAAGGGUCUGAAAUUAGAAGACUGCCUCGAAGAAUACUUCAACGCCCAGGUAGACGUUAAGCGAGAUAGCGAAGACGGGAAAAAGCUCGGGGUAGAAGAGAAGAGUCGAAGUGAGACACCAACACUCAAGCAUAGGGAUACAAUUCGCAUCAUCACUGAAGAACGCGGCGAAGCAUCAACACCAACGUCCCCCUUGGUAAAUACACCGUUGGAGAUAACGCCAACUUCAGAGAAGGGGGGUUCGCUUCUGCUGGCAGAUCCCAAUGUCAAGAAUGGAAAUACUCCUGAUGAUGAAGAAGAGGGAGAGGUUACGACUGUGGAAAUAGUACAGAACAAGCCAAGCAUGCGAGCGAGGUCUACCAGCGUGAUCCAGCGCGUAGUGUUGGAUGAAGACGGUCACCCCUCUACCCCAGACAAUUUUACAAUGCUUCAAAAGGCUAUGAGGAAAGGCUCGACAGUUGUGAAGGCAGUUACUAUUCCUGCCUGGCAGUUUUUCCGUCUGAUUCCUUGGCAUGCGCUUUCAAGCGGUGAGCCCAGGAAUAAUACGGAGGUCGCAUUGAACUUUGAGCAAAGACCUGUUGUUGGCAUCUGUCUCAAACGUUACGCUAUGACUGAGUCCGGCCAGCCGAAACGUCACAAUACCUUUAUCGACAUUCCCGAUAGUCUGAGACUACCCCAUUUCAUGCUAGCCGAUGAACCCAAGGCCGAGGAAGAUAUGAACGUUCUUAAUACGGACUAUAAGCUCGUCCUACAGUCCGUCAUCUGCCACCGGGGCGACUCAUUACAAAGUGGCCAUUAUGUUUCGUUCGCCCGAGUGGCCCCUAAGUUAUUGAAAGACAAUAGACGGCAUAAUUUCGACCCACCACCGGAUUACGAGGAAGCACAAUGGGUUAAAUUCGAUGACCUCCAGAUCGAAAAUCGAGUCAGUUAUGUGGAAGAUAUCAGGUCAGCAUUGAAGGAGGAAAUGCCUUAUCUUCUGUUCUAUCAGAUCAUGCCGAUGGUCGAAGUCUCGCCUCCGUCUGUGGACGAGACAGAGACAGAACCGCCUUCCUACAACGAUUCGAAAAUCAGCAUUGAGUUGCCUCCUACUCCUUCGCAAAGCAACCGAUUGGGUAGUCUGGAGGGGGGCUAUUUUGAUAGUACACCAACCUUGGAGAACUCACAACUUUUGUCUAGUAAACCACCAAGUAUUCGCCUCUCUAUGGACGGCGAAAGGCCAAGAAGAAGCGAAGAUAUCGACCGAAACCCAGGGUCUCUAACUGGGGACUCGCGGCGUCCCAGCGCUGUUUGGACGGAUUCGACCAUACAUACCCCCAACUCCCACUCUCCAGCUGUUACGCCUAACGAAGAAUCGACAGCAUCAAGGUUGUCACGCGCAGCAUCUAGAUUCACAUUGGUUAACAGAAGUCGGCCCAGUAGCCAGAAUGGAGAAAAUCGCAUUAGUUUCUCGAUGAGCCGACUGGGCGGUCUCAUGCGGCCUAGCAAAGAGCCCUUGGCGGAGCCCAAAGAUGAACCCAAUGGCAUUGGCAUGUCUUCUGGCAACUCCACGGGCGUCUUGACGGCAGAGAUAUCUAAAGAGUCGAAGGAAUCAAAGGAUGCCGUGGAUGGGACAGAGCAGCUGGCCGAACCAGAACCCGAACAGCAUCACCAUCGUCACCAUGGCCAUAAACAUGGACAUAAGAGGGUCAAGUCCAAAGACAAGGUUAAGAAUAAGAGCGGCGACCAACCUGAACGUGAAUGCAUAGUGAUGUAACAGUCAUCCUGCUACGUCAUUACGAUAACCACGUUACGGGAGAAAGAAUGCAAUUAGAUUAUACUUCACAUACUUACGACCGUUCUGGUGUUUGGACAUGCAUAGCUAUAGGAGUCUUGAUUUACAAGGAGGAACUGGCACGGGUUUAAAAAGAUGAAGAGGGAUGGGGUAACGCAGCGACUUUGUUGUUAGUAUGACGUUGGACAUCAGGCUACGCAGAGAUGGUCUUGUGAUAUUGGUACCCUAUGAGGACCUCUUUUUUUUUCGUAUUGGUUUCUCAAAAGAAAAAGUGAACAGAACUUUGGUAAUUAGCAAGGCGUUUUUGGGCGGUUGAGACAAUUUUUGUCACAAGGCUAACUUUCGGAGCUUGGGGGGUACUUUGAACACGAUACACGCGAGUAUGAGAUAAUGAGACACAAGAAUCGAGGUUGACACCGCACGCUAGAGGCGAGAAAGCUUCCAAGUGCUUUCAUGUGACAAAAUAUUCCAUGAUAACGUCUACCAUUGGUGCGGAAGGAC